AUGACAGCACAUAAAAUCACAGUUUCAACGGUGUACGGGGAACUAUUGGUUAUGCACCACCUGAAUAUGCCUUUGGAAGCAGGUGAUGUAUAUAGCUUAGGCAUACUAAUGUUGAAAAUGCUCACUAGGAGGAGACCGACAGAUGAAUUGUUCAAAGAUGGCUUAAACCUCCAUAGCUAUGCUAAGGCUGCUUUACCAGACAUAGGAAUGGAGAUUGCACAUCCAAAAAUUGUUCAAGAAAGAGAUGACAAGUUUCAAGUGUGCUUAGUUUCAAUGAUCACAAUAGGGGUUGCUUGUUCUAUGGAAUCUCCAGCAGAUAGAAUGAACAUUCAUGAUGUUGUGAGUGAAUUAAGUAAAGCAAAGAAGUCCAUAGCUUGUAGUCUUGGUUAG